AUGUUCGACUCUUCCACCGGGGAUAUGAGCUUUGUGGGUUGGUCGAUCGUGCUAUUCUCGUUGGGCCCUCUUCUGCUUCUCACCAAUGCUAUCUACAAUGUAUUCUUCCAUCCCCUGGCUCACAUUCCGGGUCCGUUUUGGGGUCGAGUGAGCGGGACCCCCUCGUGGUACUAUGCCUACCGCGGUGACCGCCACAUCUGGCUCUGGAAGCAGUUCCAAAUUCACGGCAACAGAAUUCGUCCUGAACCCAACACCGUACUGUUUUGCGACCCUCAAGCGUAUGCCGACAUAUACAGCAUGAAGUCGAACGUCCGUCGAAGUCAUUUCUACGAGGCAUUGAGAAGAAACGAGCGGGAGAACACGACUCUUACGACAAUCGACGUCGCUGAGCAUGCUAAAAGGCGCAAGCGCCUCAGCCAAUGCUUCACCGAGAAAUCAGUACGCGCUGCUUCGAAAUUCGUCAUUAAACACGUCGACCGUUGGCUUCAUCUCAUCAUGGAAGAAAACGGCAGGGAAGAAAACGGCACCGCCGCAGAGUGGUCUUCUUCCGUGGACUUCUCAGAGAAAAUAGACGCGCUCAUUUUCGACAUUAUGGCAGACCUCAGUUUCGGAAAGUCGUUCGAGAUUAAGGAGCCUGGAGACAACCCACUGAAGCUGACUCCCCACAACAUCGCCGAGUACAUGAAAUUUUAUUACUUGAUGUGCCGCUUCCCAUUUCUGAAAGCCCUUCUUUGGCUCAAGCCUCGUGGUCUCGACCAGCUUAUAGAGUCGAUCGCUCCGCCAGCUGCUCGACAAUACAGCCGUUUCGUCGACGACAGUGUCGCCCGUCGGAUCGCGCUGCAGAAAGCCCAAUCAGACAAGCCGGAAGGAGAGCGGCGUCAAGACAUGUUCCACUUCUUGGCCAAGGCGCGCGAUCCGGACACUGGGCGUCUUGCAUACGACGAGGCAGCUCUGUACGCAGAGUCCAGCUUCCUGAUCGUUGCAGGGUCAGACACCACUGCCAUUAGCCUCUCGGGCAUAUUCUUCUACCUCACAGGCGACCCGCGGCGGUGCGAGAAGCUCGUGGACGAAAUCCGAACAGUAUUCGAAGCGACGGAAGACAUCGUCUACGGACCAAGGCUUCUAUCUUGCACCUACCUGAAGGCCUGCGUCGACGAGGGAAUGCGUUUGACCCCUACAAGCCCCAGCGAGCUGCCGCGUGAGGUACUUCCUGGUGGGCUUAGGGUUAAAGGGGAGUACUAUCCGCCCGGCACAAUCGUGGGGACGGUACCAUGGGCCAAUUCUCGCAGUGCAGAUAUCUUUGGAGAAGAUGCUGAAGUCUAUCGACCAGAGCGUUGGAUUCUAGACGAUGCAGCCGGGGUCACUAAAGAAGCACUUGCACGGGCGAAAUCCGGGUUUCAUCCCUUUCUUUCUGGGCCGUGCAAUUGCAUUGGGCAGAACCUUGCCAUGGCGCAGAUCUUGAUCACUGUUGCCCGAACAUUACACCGACUGGACGUCAGACGGACGCCAGGAUCUACAUUGGGAGGUGGCAGCCCAGGACUCGGAUGGGGGGCAAGGGACAGGAACCAGCUCCAGUUGGUUGAUGCGUACAUCUCGCUUCGGAAAGGCCCAGAAGUCCAGUUCAGACAGAGAGCAGCUGUUACCUCGGUGAAGUUAUAG